GCCAAAGGUGCACAUAUAUACACACACACACACAUACGUACACACGCCAGGCCUCUCGUGUAUGACCGUCAUUUGCACGCACGCACACACGCACACAAACACUCAUGGAGGUAGUACACACGCAACCCCGCAAGAUGUGUACACAGAGGUGGAUAUAUUGAUCACACACACACACACACACACACACACACGCACACGGAACUAGUCAUCAUCAACAAGUACUUCAGUUAAAAGGAUGCGGAGAGGCAGAGUGAUCGUCGUGACAGCAGCCUUUGUUUUCUGCUGUCCUGACCCUCUCCCAGCUCUGACCACGCCCACACCCACGCCUACACACUCGCCCACGCCUCCUAAGCCACCCCCGGAUAAGACUGACCCCCUAGAGAACGCCACCGCGGACUACAGCGAGGAUGAGCAUGGGGUUCCGAGCACCGUCCAAGUUUCCGUCUUUUUAUCGGGACUACUAAAUGUGUCUGUGGAAGGUGGUGAUGGUGGUGGUGAAUGGUUGGCAAAUGACACGAGGGAAGUGAGCGAUGGAGGAGGAGAGAAGAAUUUGACUGAUAUCUCCAUCCACACAGAGAAGAUUCGGCAUUUACAUAUGAUUAAGGUGGUGGUGCUGUGUACGGUGCUGUCGGUGCUGCUGCUCCUCACCUGCAAGAUGCUGCUGCAAGUGUUCGCUCAGUACGCCGGGAGGGAAAAGCCUGGAGAGAUGUAACGCGGCCCCCCAUCGGUCCGUCCCCGCAGCCCCCGCCACCCGCCGCCGCCGCCUCUGAUUGGCUGCGUGGUGGCUGUCGUGUCGUGCCUUGUGUGUGUGUGUGUGUGUGUGUGUGUGUGUUGUCCUAGGUUAGUUGUGAGAUUAUAAGAAACAAAGAGACAAUGAAAAAUACACAAAUUCAACAGUAAAAGCGGCUUUACACCUGGCAAUUCCUAGUCGGCAAUACAGGCGCGGCAGCAUUUUUGGUCUGGGUCAUGAUUGAUACAGACAACAAGAUUUGGAGCCUGGAGGCCGAGGUGGCAUUACUAGAAGAAGUGAGGCAGCCUGGAUACUUGUGGCAGCCAUAAGAUAAGUUGUAUGAGAAGCUGAUCGAGUCUACGCAAAACAACUUUUGAGAGAGUGGCAGCAACAUCCGAGAAAUGUUUGUCUCUUUGCGAGAUAUCGAAGGAGGUAAGGAACGAUUAUUUUCGUGUAUUAUAUAAUCACUAUGUAAUGCCUGGGAUGACAUGUUCCUCCAUUCUCCUUUGUUGUUUUACUUGUAACAAUGAACAAUCAAUCAAUCAAUCAAUACUACUGAAGGUAAAACUCGUUUACUUAAAGUAUUUCUACAAUAUUAGGCUAAUGGACCAAACUCAUUGUGGUUUUAAUAUGUGGCAGUAGCCUUUUGGGGUGUCUGGGAUGAAGUCAUGCCCUUGCAUUUACUAGCAGUUCACGUCUUGAUGCUCCCGGCGGCUCCUCCCGCGUGUGAACGUACUUGUCCCGGGGGAACCAGCCGGUGGCCGCUAGAUCGUCGCGGCUGUAUUGCCGGCCAGGAAUUGCCGGUGUAAGGCCGCCUUAAGCAUUCCAAAAAACAAAUAUCGUCAUGGAUACCGCAAACAACGACAAAAAAGUAAUAUUUUGGUAUAUUAGAUGUUCCCACGUAUACAGCACACACACACACGCACAAAAAAAAAAAAAAACUGAAAUUACACAAUGCUGACGUCACUGAUGGCGCCAGCACUUGAAAAUCAGGUCAGAUCAAAUAGUGGAGGGAAGAGGGAGGGGUCAGGUUAGUUUAUCUAGGCUAGGUUAGGUUAGGUCAUAAUUGUAAGCUAAUGUAUCUCGUUUUCUAUAAUAAGCUUUGGAAAGGAUUAAGGGAAAGGAGGCUGGACAGUCCAUCAGUUUUAGGAGGGCACUCUGGGCGCGGUCGGCCGAGUCUAUAAGGCUUGCAGAAAUUACAAAAUCUUAAACAACAAAAAAGUUCUGAUUUUUUGCUGUGAACUAAUUAUAAAUGAAUUUUAAAUUCCCUAUAUAAUUUAAUUCUAGAAAAUUUAUAUGGGAUAGAAAUGCUGACUUUGUAUAAAUCCUAUAAGACUUGGCAAUGUUGCAUUUGUGUCGCGGACAAGUGGAGUGACCCGAGGUCAGCCGUGCCAUCCCCCCCCCCCCCACUCCCCGCCGCGUACACUGCCCUGUGACACGUGUGACAAUGAGGAAGCCACACCUGCAGGAGCAUAAGAUGGAUGGACUACAGACCAGGUCACGUUAGAUCAGGUCAGAUUAGAUCAGGUUACGUGUAAGCCAGAAGGUCAAAGAAUAUUGUAAGGGUCGAUGAGAUGAAGGGUGACUCUACAGCUUUAAUGAUGAUGACAGUUAUAAUAAUAGUGAUAAGGAUAAGUAUGAUAACAAUAAAACCACUUACUUAUAAUA